GGACUAAUCCAAGUUUUGGGGCUGAUCAAAGUUCUGGGACCAGUCCAAGUUCUGUACAAAGAGCUGCAAAGAGAAUUGGGAAUAGGAGUGGAAACACAGCUUCUGCACAGAGAGCUAGGAAUAGGAGUGAAAACACAGCUACCAAAGAAAAUGUUGCAAAUGCAAGGACUAAUCCAAGUUUUGGGACUGAUCAAAGUUCUGGGACCAGUCCAAGUUCUGUACAAAGAGCUGCAAAGAGAAUUGGGAAUAGGAGUGGAAACACAGCUUUUGCACAGAAAGCUAGGAAUAGGAGUGAAAACACAGCUACCAAAGAAAAUGUUGCAAAUGCAAGUGUUAGGGUUGGAAAAGGUGUUCAGUUACAUAAGAGAGAAAAGUUACAGGCUAGAUCACAUAUAGCGGGAGCGGGAGCAAGAGUGCGAGCGCGAGAGUAG